CGCACACAAACAAUCGUAUUGCACAAUAAACUGUGUUUAAUUUUGUUAAUUGAGCAUUUCAAGACAUUGGAAAGUGCGUGCUGUGUGGCAGCAAAUGUGCCGCGAACUAAUUAAAACCAUUCAACGUGCUAUAUUAAUAGAAAAAAUCGUCAAUUGAAUUGAAAUGAAGCUGCUGACAAAUGUACGCAAGCUGCUGCUGCUGUGCCGGCAGAGCCCAACGCAGCGGCUAAUGACAACAACAACAACAACGCAGGCACAUGACGCAGCUGACGAACCGGCGCUAACCAGUGCCCAGCUGGACGAGCUGGAGCAGAAUGUGCAAAUGCGACAGCACAAGAACAAUGUGCCACGCAUACGCCAGCUGGUGGAGGCACUGCGGCAAGGCGGGCAGACAGAGGAUGUGUUACGCCUGCAGCUGGCGGCUGAGCUGCAGCAGCUGCCGAAUGCCACGCAUCCGCGCCUGCUUGCCUAUGACAAUCAGCCGAUGGAGCUGGCCAACUAUAAGCAUCGGGUGCUGCCGCAACAAGGCGCCAAGGAGUUCUCGGAACUGGCGCGUGCAUUGAGUCUGUAUCGCAUGGAACACCUGGGCAACUACACGGGACACAAGAGCUACUACUUAACGGGUCAGCUGGCCAUGCUGGAGCAGGCCAUUAUACAGUAUGCGCUGCGGUCACUCACCAGACAUGGCUUUAAGCUAAUCUCAGUGCCCGACAUACUGCCCAGGGAGAUAAUCGAGAACUGCGGCAUGCGCACCGAGGGCGAGCGCACACAAGUCUACAAACUGGACACGGGCGAAUGCCUUUCGGGCACAUCCGAAAUGGCGCUCGCCGGCUUCUUUGCCAACAGACAGCUAAUGGAGUGGGAGCUGCCAGUAAAAGUGGCCGCCGUGAGUCGUUGUUAUCGUGCCGAGACGUCGGGUCUGCACGAGGAGAAGGGCAUUUACCGGGUGCAUCAGUUCACCAAGGUGGAAAUGUUUGCCAUUGCCACGCCCGAACAGUCUGAUGCAAUGCUCGAAGAGUUCAAGAACAUUGAAAUUGAUCUUUUCAAGCAGUUAGGCAUCAAUUUUCGACUGCUCGAUAUGCCGCCCUGUGAGCUGGGUGCGCCCGCGUAUCAGAAAUACGACAUAGAAGCCUGGUUGCCGGGCCGCCAGAUGUGGGGCGAAAUUUCCAGCUGCAGCAACUGCACGGAUUACCAGGCCAAGCGGCUAAAUGUUAAAUACAAUCGUGCCCGCGACUCGGCUCUUGUCCAUGCCCAUACCCUCAAUGGCACCGCAACGGCUAUUCCCCGCCUGCUGAUCGCCCUCGUUGAGUCGUAUCAGAGCGCCGACUCCAUACAGAUACCCGAGGUGCUGGUGCCCUUUAUGAAUGGACAGCGCACGAUUACCAAGAACAAAAAGAUUCCCGAGACAAAGCUGGUCAAAUUUAUCAGGUCAGCUUAAAGUUUUUUAACAAUUCGAUAUAAGAUAUUAAUAAAAACAAAAAUAUAAAGAUGCAUAAGCUGCUGACUCGA